AUGGGUCGAAGUGAGAGUGAGAGUAAGAGUGAGCGUGAGCGUGAGAUUGAGGCAGUGCGCAAUGACAAAAGAUCAAGGUAUCAGCCUGCAAUAAUAGACCAGAUCGCAAUUAAAUUGCCCAUCAACAUUGGCAGGGGAGUUGAUGUGGCUGAGAAACGUGGAACCGCAGAGACGAUUUCCCAGACAGACUAA